AUGUGGCACCGCAUUGAGAAAGAGCUCCAUCUAUAUACAACUCGGAAGAGCGCAUGGUUGUAUGUAGCGCUAGCCAAUGAGAAAGAGCUUGGAACUGAGGACCUGGUGGUUACGGAUAUCACAGUCGGCGAGCCGCCGCCGAAUUCAGGCUCGGAUCAUUUCUGGGAGAGUCGACCUGGCGGAAUCUGGGUGCUGAGAAGCAAGUUCUCCGGCAAGAUUGGCCAGGCUGUGACAGAGGUGGACGUUCUCUUUGGUGUGGACGCCGUUGACCCACGACCACAAUGGACGCUUAUGCCAUUACCGCUCCAGCUUCACGCUCAGCCAAAGGUACCAGUUGCAAAGCUAAGCGUGCUCCGCGGCAGGGCCAAGCCGAGACCAGAUGCUCGGGAGGCUUUGAGAGUCAACAAGGAUGGCAAAUUCAAGAUUCUCCAGAUCUCUGACACACACAUGGGCACUGGCGUCGGGCUUUGCAAAGAUGCUAUAGAUGCCCAUGGAAAGUAUCUGCCAGAGAGCGAGGCUGACCCACUUACGGUAAACUUCAUUGGAAAGGUCUUGGAUGUCGAGAAACCAGACCUUGUGGUUUUUACUGGAGAUCAGUUGCACCACGAUAUCCCCGACAGUCAAUCCGCCCUCUUCAAGGUGGUUGCGCCCAUCAUCGAGCGUUCAAUUCCAUUCGCGGCCGUCUUUGGCAAUCAUGAUAGUGAGGGUACCCAUGCAUUGUCACGCACGGCACAGAUGUCAAUACUUCAGAAUCUGCCCUUCAGCCUCUGCGAGUCAGGCCCGGAGCAAGUCGACGGCAUAGGCAACUUCUUCCUUCAAGUCCUGGCUCCAGUCCCGUCACAGCGCCCGUUAUCGACUUUAUAUUUCCUGGAUUCGCACGGUCAAAUACGAAGCUUGAUACACAAACCCGAUUACGAACCUAUCAAGCAAAGCCAAGUUGAUUGGUUCGUGAACGCCUCCCAAGCGCAACGAAGCGACAAUAACGACAGCCGCUUUUAUCUUUCUUUGGCAUUCCUACACAUCCCUCUCCCUGAGUUCGGAGACUGCACGCUUAGUAUACGCAACGGCCACCGGAGGGAGCCGACCGAGUGCCCUAGCUUUAAUUCCCACUUCUACGACGCUUUGGCCAAGGGAGGCAUAUCAGCAUUAGGCUGCGGUCACGAUCACGUGAAUGACUUUUGUGCUCUGCUGCCACAACCAACGCAGCAGGAUGGCAACAAAACCUGUCAACCUGGCCCUUGGCUGUGCUACGGAGGUGGCACUGGGUUCGGGGGGUAUUGUUCGUUUGGCGGAAAGCGAUUUUACCGACGAACGCGGGUUUGGGAACUCGACACAAAUAUUGGGAGCUUGAAGACUUGGAAGCGGGUCGAAUAUGACGAGGAUAGAGUUGAUGAGCUGUUGCUUGCGGAAAGUGGAGCGGUGAUUGAUAGCCCUGGUGAAGAAGAUGAAGGCAGACGCUGUGUGAUCAGUUAA